AUGCACCUGCCCGGCUGCGCCCCAGCCAUGGCCGACGGCAGCUUCUCGCUCGCCGGCCACCUGCUCCGCAGCCCGGGCGGGGGCACCUCGCGGCUGCACAGCAUCGAGGCCAUCCUGGGGUUUACCAAGGACGACGAGAUCCUCGGCUCUUUCGCAGCGGAGCCAGGCGCCGGGGGCACCAAGGAGCGAGACCAGAGGCCGGGCGCGAGGGCCGCCUGCCCAAAGGCGCCCGCGGGGGGCGCCCCGCCCUGCCCACCGCCCGCCCCGGAGUACGAAGGCUCCCGCCCUUACUGCCCCAAGGAGUCCGGGGAGGCGCGGCCGAGCCCAGGGCUGCCCGUCGGACCCACGGGCAACGCGAAGCUGUCGGAGGAGGAGCCGCCGAAGAAGAAGCACCGGAGGAACCGCACCACCUUCACCACGUACCAGCUGCACGAGCUGGAGCGAGCGUUUGAGAAGUCCCAUUACCCCGACGUGUACAGCCGCGAGGAGCUGGCGGGCAAGGUCAACCUCCCCGAGGUCCGGGUCCAGGUGUGGUUCCAGAACCGACGGGCCAAGUGGCGCCGGCAGGAGAAGCUGGAGGUGUCGUCCAUGAAGCUGCAGGACUCGCCCCUCCUCUCCUUUAGCCGCUCCCCUCCCUCGGCGGCUCUGGCGCCCCUCGGGGCGGGCUCCGGCGGCGGCGGUGGCGGCGGGGGGCCGGCGGGGGGCGCCCUGCCGUUGGAGUCGUGGCUCGGGCCGCCGCUGCCGGGCGGGGGCGCCACGGCGCUGCAGAGCCUGCCGGGCUUCGGGCCGCCGGCGCAGAGCCUGCCCGCCAGCUACACGCCGCCGCCGCCGCCCUUCCUGAACUCGCAGCCGCUGGGCCCCGGCCUGCAGCCCCUGGCGCCGCCGCCGCCCGCCUACCCCUGCGGGCCGGGCUUCGGGGACAAGUUCCCGCUGGACGAGGCGGACCCGCGCAACAGCAGCAUCGCGGCGCUGCGCCUGAAGGCCAAGGAGCACAUCCAGGCCAUCGCGAAGCCGUGGCAGGCGCUCUAG